ACACAGUUAAUUACACACUUGUCAGUAUUGAAUUCUUUUCCUCUCUUUGUUUUUCUCGGGAAAAAUGUCUGCGAUACUCCAAGGAGCUGGAGCUGCGACGGCUCUUUCGCCGUUUAAUUCUAUCGAUUCCAACAAACUCGUAGCUCCUUCUCGCUCUUCUCUUUCAGUGAGGAGUAAGAGAUACAUUGUGGCUGGAUCUGAUGGGACUAAUAAUAAAACCUUUGCUUCUUCUAGCCUCAUUGCUCGUCGUUCUGACCCCUUGAUACCAAAUGCUGUUGCGACGAAGGCGGACACUGCUGCCAGUUCCACCUCAUCAAAGUCUGGACAUGAGCUAUUGCUUUUUGAGGCUCUUCAAGAAGGUCUAGAAGAAGAGAUGGACAGAGAUCCACAUGUAUGUGUUAUGGGUGAAGACGUAGGCCAUUAUGGAGGCUCAUACAAAGUAACCAAAGGCCUAGCUGACAAGUUCGGGGAUCUCAGGGUCCUGGACACUCCAAUUUGUGAAAACGCCUUCACCGGUAUGGGGAUUGGAGCUGCCAUGACAGGACUAAGACCCGUCAUCGAAGGUAUGAACAUGGGGUUUCUGCUCUUAGCCUUCAAUCAAAUCUCCAACAACUGUGGCAUGCUUCACUACACAUCUGGUGGUCAAUUCACUAUCCCGGUUGUAAUUCGUGGGCCUGGUGGUGUUGGCCGGCAGCUCGGAGCCGAGCAUUCCCAGCGGCUUGAGUCUUACUUCCAGUCAAUUCCUGGGAUUCAGAUGGUGGCUUGCUCAACACCAUACAACGCUAAAGGAUUGAUGAAAGCUGCGAUAAGAAGCGAGAAUCCUGUGAUUCUGUUUGAACACGUUCUGCUCUAUAACCUUAAAGAGAGUAUCCCUGACGAGGAUUACAUCUGUAAUCUGGAAGAAGCAGAAAUGGUCAGACCCGGUGAACACAUCACGAUACUGACUUAUUCGAGGAUGAGGUACCAUGUAAUGCAGGCUGCAAAGACGCUGGUGAACAAAGGGUAUGAUCCAGAGGUUAUCGACAUUAGGUCGUUGAAGCCAUUCGAUCUCCACACAAUUGGAAACUCGGUGAAGAAGACGCACCGGGUAUUGAUUGUGGAAGAAUGUAUGAGAACGGGAGGGAUCGGAGCCAGCUUGACAGCUGCCAUAAACGAGAACUUUCAUGAUUACUUGGAUGCUCCGGUGAUGUGUUUGUCUUCUCAAGAUGUGCCAACCCCUUACGCGGGUACAUUGGAGGAAUGGACAGUUGUUCAGCCAGCUCAAAUCGUCACUGCCGUGGAACAGCUCUGCCAGUAAUUUAUACAUUACCGUGACUAUGUUUUUAUUUACGUUUUGUUAAUGUUUCCUUUGUUUGUCUUGGAUGGGAAAAUGCUUGUGAAAUGAGACUAAAUUUUUCAGUUUGAACAUUUAAACAUUUUUACAGAUAAUAACUUCCAUAUUCACAUACUUUUUGACC